AUGACAGGGGAAGGCCAGUUUGAGCCAAUUAAAACUGGGAAGAGGGAGAGGCUAAGGGAGUUCACGGAGUGGGGCAUAGCGGCAUCGGCCGGGAAGGGAGCCACUAGUGGAGAUCUUUUCUGGGCCCCAUUCCCUUCGUGGGGUGCUAUGGAGUUCCCAGAACACAGUCAGCAGCUGCUGCAGAGCCUCCGGGAGCAGCGGUCCCAGGGUUUCCUUUGUGACUGCACCGUGAUGGUGGGUAGCACACAGUUCUUGGCCCAUCGGGCUGUGCUGGCCUCCUGCAGUCCAUUCUUCCAGCUUUUCUACAAGGAGCGGGAAUUGGACAAGAGGGAUCUGGUGUGUAUUCACAAUGAGAUUGUCACGGCCCCUGCCUUUGGGCUACUUCUGGACUUUAUGUAUGCUGGCCAGCUGGCCCUGAGGGGGGAUACCCCUGUAGAAGAUGUGCUGGCAGCUGCCAGCUACUUACACAUGAAUGACAUCGUUAAGGUGUGUAAGCGGCGACUGCAAGCCCGGGCCCUGGCAGAGGCUGACAGUACCAAGAAGGAGGAGGAAACCAAUUCACAGGCUCCUAGUUUGGAGUUUUUGUCCAACACUUCUCGUGGCCCUCAGCCUUCACUGGCAUCUGUUGAGACAUCAGGUCAUUGGAGCAAAGGGGAAUGGAAAGGUCUGGCUGCUCCCUCACCUACUGUCCGUCCUCCAGAUGAGCCACCAGUGUCUGGUGGUGCUGACACUACUCAGCCUGGCAUGGAAGUUGAUUCACCACAUCUACGGGCACCUCCCUCAUCAGUGGCUGAUGUCUCUCUUGCCAGCCCCAGUAGCUCCACAGAGACCAUUCCUGCAAACUACUUUUCUUCUAGUCUCCCAGCAGUUUCAUUGGAGCCCCUGACUCCUCUUGAUGUGGGUCCUGAGGGUCUGAGGGUGAUGGAAUCAAGGGAUGCUGGAGGACCACUGCAAGGCUUCUAUCCCCCAGCUUCAGCUCCUGCUCCAACUCCAGCCCCAGCCCCAGCCCCAGUCCCGGUCUCAGUCCCCGUUCCAUCUCAGGCUCCAGUCCCAGCUGAAGCUGAGCUGGUCCAGGUGAAAGUAGAAGCUAUUGUGAUCUCUGAUGAGGAGACUGAUGUGUCAGAAGAACAGCCUCAAGGUCCUGAGGAAGUAUUCCCACCUGGAAGAGCAAUGUAUGGGGGACAACCCACCCAGCCAGAGGCUUUUGAGGAGCCAGGGGCAGCAGGACUAGAGGAGGUGGGACCAAGUGACCACUUCCUGCCUCCAGAGCCUCAUCUACCCUAUCAUCUGCUGCCAGGUCCAGGGCAGUAUCAUCGAGGACUGGUGACCUCACCCCUGCCUGCACCCCCAGCCCUGCAUGAGCCACUUUACCUGCCUUCUGAGUAUGAAGCAGCCCCAGGAAGCUUUGGGGUCUUUACUGAAGAUGUUCCCACCUGCAAGACAUGUGGGAAGACCUUCUCAUGCUCUUACACACUACGGCGACAUGCCACAGUGCACACACGUGAGCGACCCUACGAGUGCCGCUACUGCCUGCGCAGCUAUACACAAUCAGGGGACCUCUACCGCCAUAUCCGCAAGGCUCACAAUGAGGACCUGGCCAAACGCAGCAAACCAGAUCCAGAGGCUGGCCCCCUUCUAGGGGUGCAGCCCCUCCCCGGCUCCCCAACAGCAGACAGACAUAGCAGCAGUGGUGGAGGACCACCCAAAGAUUUUGUACUUGGACCCAAAAACUAACUUCUAGGAGAGCAUGAGCUGAUUGAUGCUAGGCCUGCUCUUGUCAGACUUAAAUGGCAGCACAGAAGGUUGAAGGCAUCGUGUCAAUCUUUCUGGGUGAAAAACUGAAAGUUCUGUCCUCCUUGAAAGUUCCUAUCCUUUUCUUUGCCCAGCCAUGAUAAGCGAGACUUUAUACAGCAGAGCAUACCAAUUCUUACUGGGAAUUUUCCUGAGGUAUAAUUGCUUCUCCCUUUGCAUUCUGGAAUAUAAAACCAGCAAUGAACAUAUUUCUUUGAACUGG